UAGGUGUUUACAUUUAAUUUCCUUUUUCAAUGCUGCUAUUAUUUAUGAAGGUGGUUUACAUGAAGGAUUACACAGAUGGUAAACAUACCCUCAACUGAUGUCAGGGGAUUAGUGAUGAGAGGGUUUAUCCCGCACACUCGUGUUUGUGUUAGUCAUUUACUCCAGUCACCUGUAGAUGAAUCAGAGGACUGUGCACUUUGAAUACCAGUGAGGAAGGAUAUUUGUUGGUGCGCUUUGGUAAUGAUGAACAUUGUAGAGGACGUCCCGUUUCAGACCCCUGUGGGUCCACUGGGGGCUGAAGUACAGCUGGUGACUGCCCCAGAGAUUGCUGUUCCAGACUGUCACCAAAUUAUGCAAGACACCCAGUAUGAAUUCAACUUGGAGAGAUGGAUUCUUUGCGAUCAGCAACCGGCCUGUCAAGCUCCAUCCUGCCCACCGUUUUGGAUGAUGUUCAGCAACCCUAAAGGAAGCUGCCUUCUCGGUCACAGGACCAGCAAUGCCUGGGCCCCCAGGCCUCGGCCCCGCAGCCACAGCCUGAGCUCUGCAGACACCCACCGGCUGUACCAUCACAACGUCAAAUUCCCUGAAUACGACUCUGAUUAUGAGGAUGGUUACUAUGACGACAAAGGAAGCUCUGCAGAGGCAGCGCAUCUUCAGUUUGACAUUAAAGAGCGACCUCGAAGUGCUGCACCCAGAGAUCCCCUAUCCAGAGUUAAAGACAUGCACUAUCAACGUUCAUCUCCGACCCUCACGGGUCAUAGGGCGACUUCUUCUCUCCCAGACUGCAGACAACCCCUGCGUGCUUUAGAGCAGCACCGGUCCAAGCAGGCUAGUCCCCUUUCCGAGAGGCUUAAGAACGGCAAGAAGAGGCAGUGCUCUGUGGGUAGAAGGCACUCCCAAAACACACCGCCUGCUCAGGCUUUACCAAAGACGCAGCGGCGCCCCUCCUCUGCUGGGCCUGUAGUCACAAACCGCAGAAAAAAGGCUCUAACAACUCACAGCGCACGGGGAGUUUUCUUUGACUCUGCAGCUGAGCUGCUGAUGGCACUUAGUAAGGAGGAGCGAGAAUUAUUGGAAACCAUCACUGAUAAGGGAUACCCUUUACGCACAGCCAUUCUGGCUCUCCAAAAGACCGGCUAUCGGACCCCAGAAAAGGUCCUCAAAUACCUGGUUGCUAGUGACCAUCUGUGUCAGCUGGGUUAUGACGAAGCACAGGUGGAGGAAGCACUCGAGAUGUUUCAGAACUGUGAAAGCAAGGCAGCUGAAUUUCUUCGACUGUUGACACAGUUUAAUGAGAUGGGCUUCCAACAAAGUGCAAUCAAAGAGGUGCUGCUUGUGCAUGAAAACCAUCGUGAGCGGGCUCUAGAGGAACUCAUGACGCGCAUGGCUUAAAGAGACAUCUGCUCAAGGAAGAUAAUGGAGUACAAACACUGCCUUCUGACCAACUUGGCAUUAAAAAUACAUAUGUACACAAAAAAAAAUCAUUUAGGAUUCUACUUCCAUAUUUAAGUUUAUUUACAGUUUUAAAAAGAAAAAAAAAAGACUCAACAGGUUUUUGUAGUUGAGCGGUCAUUCCAGCUCAAAUAUUGUCCUGGUGCUUUUUAGAACUUCUGUAGUGAAAAAACUGUGUGGCAAGCAUUUUAUUCUUUAAGAACUUUAAGAAAAAAAAGCCAUAGCCAAUUCAUUUAAGCAGACAGAGAAAUAUAUACACAUUUGGGGGAAAAAAAAACUCUUUCUACAGCAGAAACCCUCAAAAUUUGUAUUUUAAAAGAAAAGAAGUUUAGAAAAAAUUCAAACAAUAUCUUAACAAUUUCUUAAAAUUUUUACAUCAGAAUUCAGUUUUGUCCUCUACAUCACACUACUUGGAUGAACAACGGCUCCUUAGAACCAUCACUGAUGGCUGACGGUGGAAUUCAGCAGUCCUGUCAUCACAUUUGAUUUAGAAGCUUUUGUGAGGUCUUUCUGCAAAGAGAAGGCAGUUUAAAACCCGUCAGUGAAGCGAUCAACGUAUGUACCUGUGUGGUUAUUAUAGUAUAGAAAAAUAAUAGCACUGUUUUUUAUGUUUAACACUAAUAUCCCACCCCCAAUUCAGAUUUGUAGGUAAUGUGAUAGGAUUGUCCUCUAAAUGUGCAAUCUGCUAUGUUUUCUUUCUAAAUAUUUGUAUUGAUUAAAUGAUGCAUGUUUAUGCUGCUUUUUAGGGAUGCAUCUGUCGAUUAAAAAAAAAAAAGUGAAACGUUUAAUAACUUCAAAAUAAAACACUAAAAGAUG